AUGCCACUCCCCGCCCAUCCUCCAGCUCGCUCGCCUCUUGAUCGCCAUCGCCAACUGGCUCCGUCUGCCUCUGUCCGGGUUUCUCCACUAUGCCUCGGCGCUAUGAACUUUGGCGACGCGUGGAAGGAGAGACUUGGAGAAUGCCCAAAAGAGACCGUGUUUGAAAUCCUCGAUUACUUUGUUAGCCAAGGUGGCAAUUUCAUCGAUACCGCUAAUAGCUACCAAGACGAACAAUCCGAGGAAUGGAUUGGAGAAUGGAUUGCCAAGAGACAGAACCGCGAUGAACUUGUCCUCGCUACAAAGUACUCCAGCAGUUACAAGAGCCACAAUAAAGACAAGAUUCAGUCGAACUAUGGCGGCAACGGCGCCAAGUCCAUGCGUGUGUCCGUGGAUCUCUCACUGCAGAAAUUGCAAACCAGCUACAUCGACCUUUUCUAUCUUCACUGGUGGGAUUAUAGUGUUUCAAUCCCAGAAUUGAUGCACGCCCUCAACGAUUUGGUCGUCUCUGGCAAGGUCAUCUAUCUGGGAAUUUCGGACUGCCCUGCCUGGGUGGUUGCCAAAGCCAACCAAUACGCUCGCGAUCAUGGUCUACGCCAAUUCUCCGUUUACCAAGGCCUUUGGAACGCGUCAAUCCGAGACUUUGAGCGAGAAAUUCUCCCCAUGUGCCGUGAUGAAAACAUGGGUGUGGUUCCCUGGGGAACUCUGGGUCAGGGUCGAUUCCAUACGGCCGCCGGCUACGCAGAGCGGGAGAAGAACAACCCUGGGCGCAAGGGACGGGACCCCUCACCCACAGAGAAAAAGGUUGCUCGGGUGCUGGAAACAAUUGCCAAUUCGAAGCAAACAGAAAUCACCAGUGUUGCUCUUGCCUAUGUUCGCCACAAAGCUCCUUACGUCUUCCCAAUCGUCGGCGGGAGGAAGGUUGAGCAUCUCCGAGGUAACAUCGCUGCAUUGAACGUGUCCCUGAGUGCCGAGGAGAUCGCCCAGAUCGAGUCAGCUUAUAGCUUUGAUCAUGGUUUCCCUCAUACUUUCCUUAGCGGCAGCAGUUUCGAGGGCAGCGAUCCACGUGGCCCCGACGGUCCUGGAGAUGUGUGGCUGACGAAAUUGUUGGGCAACUUUGACUGGGUCCAGCCAGGACCACCAAUUGAACGAAGCAAUUAA